UCAAAACAUAACCUCAUAUAAACAAAAGUUUGUCUGGUACAUAUUGUACAUUAAUUUGCCGCUUAAAAGUGCAAAUUCACUGAAAAUUACAAACUAAUUCAACAAAAUGGCUGAUAAACCAAAGUCGAGCGGCGGAAACGAUGGCAAGGAGAAGCGACGCAAGGAAUCUAUAUUGGACCUCUCAAAAUAUUUGGAAAAGCAAAUACGAGUAAAAUUUGCUGGCGGUCGGGAGGCUUCUGGCAUACUCAAGGGAUAUGAUGCAUUGCUCAACUUGGUCUUGGACAACACCGUUGAGUAUCUCCGAGACGCGGACGAGCCAUUCAAGUUGGCCGAGGAAACGCGUAGUUUGGGGCUGGUGGUGUGCCGGGGUACAGCGCUGGUGCUUAUUUGUCCGCAAGAUGGUAUGGAAUCGAUACCAAAUCCAUUCAUUACACAGGAUACGUAAUGUGUGAAGGUCUGAUCCCCUCUUAAGUAAAACACAGUACCUUUCGGUUUUUAAAAAUUCAAGCCUUUUAAUUUAACGAAAACUUUUUGCGUGCAUACAACAAAACUUUGUAAAACAUAUGAAAUGAAAGAACUAAAUAGAAUAGAAUGAUGAAGCGA